AUGCCUGAACACGUGAAAAACGCUAAGAAAGAGGCCAAUGAAGCCGUGAACCAAGCAGAGGUGGACGCGUCGCACAUUCCUGACGCGGCCAAAAAGGCCGCGCAGGAGCUGCGCUCCGAAGCCCAGGACCUCAGAGACGAGGCCGAACGCGAGUUUGACGAGCUCAAGGCAAACGGCACGAUCGACAAGUACAAGAACAACGUGGUAGAGUUUUUGCGCGCUGCGUCGUCACGUGUGUCCGCAGUCGGCUCAUACUGGGCGUCCAAGGCCAAGCAGACUUCGUCGCGCGCGUUGCAGGAACUGCAGAACCCGGUGGUGAUUGCCAACGUGGCGCUGGGCUCGGCGCUGGUUUCGUCGAUCUUGAGAGGUUACGCCAAACACCAUGCCAGAUACCUCAAGGGCAAGUCAGACGCCAUCAUUAUCUCUACUGUGGGCGGUGCCACUGCAUUUUUGGCCCUUGACGCAUUUUUGUCUGCCAAGUAUUACUCUAAAUUCGACAAGAAGAAGUUGUGA